CGCCAAAACUACUACUACAAAAAAUGUCCCACCAUCCACAAAAAUGCCCAAAUCUAAAAAUACGCCAAUUAACCCUAAGCACCAUGCCGUGAUUGCCUGUCGCUAGAAAAGACGAGCCUUUACUCCACUACUCCAUUCCCGGUUAUAAAAUAGCAAAUAAUGAGAGAAUAAAAUGGCGACUUCAUAUCCCACAUAAACUACUACAGAUCUAGAAAAAUCAUUUUACUACUAAGUGAUCCGGAAACCACAAACCAACAAUAAUUAUUAUUAUUAGAACUAUUAAGUCCCAAGUUUCAAAAAAGUCGGAGUUACUGUUCAUUACGAAAUUUUCGCCGUACUGUUCACGGGCUCACAUAGGAACGGCAGCACCUGAUUACAUCCUCCAAAGAAAUAGAAACGACAGCGCCUACAUUCUAAAAGAAAAGGAAAAUAAAAAAAAUAGAAAAGGAUGGUUGUGCAAAGCUCUCUGCAUUUCCCCUCUCCCGUAUACCAAAACCCACCCCGAUCCCUAAUCUCAUUCAAUAGUGUCGGGGAACCUCGCUCCGGCAGGCGGCGGCGACCCCGACCCGUAAUCUCAUUCAACGGCGUCGGAGAACCUCGCUCCGGUAGGUGGCGACGGAGGAGCCUCUUCAGAACCCACAGUCCUUACCCAAUGGCGCCGGCGGAGGAGCCUCUUCAGAACCCACAGUCGUUACCCCUAAUUGCAUUCAACGGCGCCGGGAAACCUCGCUCCGGCAGGCGGUGGUGGCGGAGCCUCUUCAAAACCCACAGGCCACAAUGCCUCUUCAGAACCCACAGGCCACAACGUUUCAUCACCCGGAUUUGUCCCGCCAUAACAAAUCGAAUCACUGGAUUUCGACGAGUCAAUAACUCGGAGCUUCAGUACAACCAUUGAAGGAAGAUGUCACACCUUAGAGUGAUACAGAUGUGAUGAAGUAGAACAAGAACCCAAGACUGUCAUACUUCAGUAAGUUUUUCUUCUUCAAUUUUUAGUUAUGAACAUUGAUAAAAGGUGGGUUUAUUUCAGCUUAGAGUAAAACCACGUCUAAGCUUCGUAUAAGAUCAAAUUUCCAUGGGGACAUUACGAAUUGCUUUAAAUUUGUAUAUGAACUGAUCUAAGCUUUAUGUUCUGCGUCAACAUUAAGAGAUGAUCCUCUUUGGUUCUAUAAGGGUUAUGAUGGUAGCUUAGUAUACUGGUGUAAUAGUUCUAAUCAUGAAUGGUUUUUAAUUAAAAAAACGAUUAUCAAGAAUUUCUGUUUUGCUCACGUUAUUAUCAAUUGUCAUGAAAUUUACUUUCAAUGUAAUUGAUCAGCAGUAAUUCUUCUUUUACGCGAAAAAUGGGACUAAUUAGAAGGAAAAACUCUAACCGUACAAAGAAGUGAAAUUUUGUAUGCAGGGAAGCUAAUAAGGAAUAUUUUAAUUAGAAUACAAUUAGACUUCUACUUUUGUGCUAAUUAUUCCGAGUAAGUGAAAAACUCUCCAGUUCCGCUCCGAAUUAAUUUGUCCCUAUUAAGGCAGAAAAAGAAAUAGGAAUAAAUAUGAGUGUAUGAGUACAUGUUGGUUUUUUGGUUAUCCAAACCAAAACCAAAACCAAUAAGGGUCUUAAUGGUUUUGGUUUUGGUUUUUGGGAUUUGGUUUUUGGUUUUUCAUACUUAAUGGUUUGGUUAACCAAACCAAACCAAAUUGACAGCCCUAGGCAGGGUCAAAGUCUUGAUGUAGUGGAGGUCUACCUGCCUAAGCUGGUGUUCAAUCAUGGCCAAUUGUACGUAGCAGUUUCGCGAGUACGACCAGCUGACGGCUUGCAUAUACUGAUUGACAACGAUGGCGGAAGUUCCACAAUCAUAUACUAGAAAUAUAGUAUAUCACGAGACAUUUGCUGAUGUGCACACCGCACCGACAUCACACACAGGUAAAUAAAUUUAAAUAGCCUAUAAUUAUUUCUCACCCUCCCUUACAUUCAUUCACCAAUGAAUGUGCUUAUAAAUGAUACAGAUGACAAGGACUCCGAUAGUGAGCAGUUCAGGAACCAGGAUAUAUAAGAAGGGACUCCUUUCAUACUCUUUCACAGGUAACCAAAUUUUGCCGAACAUUACUAAUAGUCAAAUAAUAUAUACGCCAAAACCACAAGACGUAUAUAAUUAUAAAUGGGUUAGCAACUCAAGUUUGAUUUAUAAUUUAUCACUAGAAUUUUUUCAUAAACAUUAUCAAUGUGUUAACCAUGCCAAGAACAACGUGCAUUGAAGCCAACCUUUUCUAAGUUACAAUUGUCUAAUGAUGGAAUAAAACCAAAUAGAACAAACAUUUAUAGAGGUACAUAAUCGAAUACAGCAAAAAUUUAUACUGGUACAAAGUAGGUCAUUAAGACUAUCGACGAUAUAAUUUUUUUUUAUCAUUAGCGUGAUAUUAAAUUAGUGUUGGGUUCUAAUCAAGUUGCACUUCCUUUUGGUUUUCCAGAUCACUAUAUCGGAUGCACCACAACAACUAUCGGUGAGCUCUCCACUAAAGGAACUUCAAUACGCUACAAAUGAUAAUGUCAACCAAAUUAUCGGCAUGCCAAGACCAUUGUCAUUUCUUUUUUUGUGAAAUUUCAUUAUAUUUCAUUGUAAUAUUUUUCCGAUAAACCACAAACACUAUGAAUAUCGAUUUUUACAACAUUAAAAUAAACACACGCACGAUCAAAUUAUAUUAUUCAACAUUAACAACAGAGUAAACGAAUUACGAAUCAAAUCCCGUUGCGUAGCACGGGCUAAUUCUCUAGUAUUGUAUUAAGGCGAAAACCAUCAAAAAGUAAAAACACUACACAUAAAAAUACUACAGAUCUACAAAAUUUGCUUCCACUGCCAUGCUCGCCGAGAAGCCACUGAAAGAGACCGGAUCUGAAAUCCAAAACCGACCCUAAGUCUAUACCUACACAUACCAAAGGAAUCAGAGAGUGGCAACUCGAUAGCAGCGGAUGGACGAAUGAAGUCAAUGGCGGUGCACGAGGGAGCAAUGCAACAAACAUGGCAAGGAUGAGCGCGGCACGGAUGGCGACGCGAACGACGAUGAGCAAAUAGAAAAUGAACUAUCAAGAUCAGGAUAGGAUAGGAUGAGGGAAAAUAAUGAUUCAAUGGAGUAGUCUUAGUUUGGAGAUAUAUUAGCGACGAAGAAGAUAUGAGAGGAAGAAGAAAGAUGAACAAAAGGGAAUGGAGAAAGAGAUGGAUUGUGAGUCGUGACUCUUUAGAUCUGCAAUUCCUCUCCACCCCACCUCUUUCUCUCCCAAAAAUCAUGCUCUUUAAUAAUAAUUAAAUAAUAAUCAAAUUUGAGAACACCUAAAAUACCCCCAAUUUAUAAGACCCAUUAGAUUAUGUGAAAAGACAAUGAACGGGGAUGGAAUAA